CAAUCUCCAAAGAAUACAAUUAGAGACAAAUGCUUCUUCAAGUUGCCUCUACAAUUACGGGAAGCAAUCAAGAAAUGAGCAAUGAUCAACUAAUGGAGAUUGUGUAUAGAGGUCUGAAGGGUAGGAGAUUUCUAAUUGUCAUAGAUGAUAUUUGGAGUACUGAGGCAUGGGACCAAAUGCAAAGAAUAUUUCCAAAUGAUGACAAUAAAAGCCGAAUUCUAUUAACCACUCGGCUCCAGUAUGUUGCUGAUUAUGUCAACUGCCCUGAUUUUCCACCUCAUAGCAAGUCCUUUCUAAGUCUAGAAGAUAGUUGGAAUCUAUUCACCGAAAAAUUAUUCAAAAAAGAUCAUUGUCCUCCUCUUCUAGAAGAAAUAGGGAAGCAUAUUGUACAACAAUGUCAAGGAUUACCUCUCUCGGUGGUUGUCGUUGCUGGACUUCUUGGAAAAAUGGACCCGACACAUGAUAAUUGGAAGAAGGUUGAGGAAAAUCUGAACUCAUUCUUUGGUACGGUGUCCGAUCGGUGCCAAUCAAUUCUUUGUCUGAGCUACAAUUACUUGCCCCAAUAUUUGAAGGCUUGUUUUCUGUAUGUUGGAGGUUUUCCAGAAGACACAGAGAUUAAUGUUUCCAAGUUGAUUAGGCUAUGGAUUGCUGAGCAAUUCGUAAAGGCAAGAAAGGAUAAAAGAUUAGAAGUGGUGGCAGAGGAGUAUCUACAAGAGUUAAUUGAUAGAAGUCUGAUUUUGACUGGUACACAAAGUGCUAAUGGAAGGAUGAAAAGUUGCAAAAUUCAUGAUCUUCUUCGCCAACUAUGCCGAACUGAAACUCGUACUGAAAAUGUUGUGCAUGUCAUGAAUGGGAAUGUCCUCAUGUCCUUAUUAGAAGUAAUAGAUGAUCAGCGGCGAGUUAUAGGUCUGUGUAACCAUGAAGAGAAGCAAGUUUAUCCUCCAAUGCAUAGCAAUUGUACAGCAAGUAUAGCUCGUACCUUUAUUUCAAUGCAAUUUUUAUAUUACCCUGGUUUUCCAGAAAGGAUUUGUUCCAUUGUUUCAGAGUUCAAGUUACUUAAGGUGUUGGACGUAUUAACAGUUUGGUACGAUUUCUCUGGUGUAAUACCUCAACUUGUACAUUUGAAAUAUGUUGCUGCAAAAAUUAAGGGAAGUCUUUCACUAGCCAAAUUGAGAAAUCUACAGACCAUAAUUCUUCGAACUCUUGAAAGGAAAGAGUUGGAGCAGCCAGUAGAUAUCUGGAGAAUGUCAGAGCUAAGACAUUUGAUUAUCAAUUCGUCACUAUAUAUAUCUAAUCCGCUUGAAGCAGAAAAUCCUUUGUUUCUCAACAACUUGCAAAAUCUUUAUCUCUAUAACUCUCCUUUUAUUGCGGAAAUCAUAAGAAGAACUCCCAAUCUAAAAAAGCUAAAGUUUAUAGAUGAUUCAGAGCAUUCUGAGUGGCCUGCAAUUCUUGAUUCUCUAAUUCUUCUGGAAGAGCUGGAGACGCUACUCAUAAAGCGGGAGACUAUUGACAUGAACAUUUUCUCUGGAGAUAUUUUGCCUUGUAAAAUCAAGAAAAUGACAUUAAGUUCUAAUAUCAAGAAAUUGAUAUUAUUAGGUACUCGUAUACCAUGGGAAGUUGUGAAUUUGCUGGCUAAUUUACCCAAUCUUGAGGUGCUCAAAGGGUAUCGUGCAUUCGAUGGAACAGAUUGGAAAGUAGAUGAAGAUGUUGUGUUUCACAAAUUAAAAUAUCUACAAAUUGUUGACAUAGGUCUGGAAAGGUGGGAAUUAGCAGCUGGUAGUGAUAAUUUUCUGAUGCUUGAGCAACUAUUACUGCGUGGGUUGUAUGAAUUGGAGGAGAUUCCGGAGAGUAUUGGAGAUAUAAUGACACUAAAAUUCAUCCAAAUAAAAUGGUGCGGCUCUGGUGUAGUAGAUAGUGCAAAGAGAAUUCAACAAGAGCAAGAGAGCUUGGGAAAUUAUGAGCUUCAACUUCAAAUUACUCCAAAGGUAUCUUCAUUUCCAGCUAAAAAGGCUGGACAUAUCAAAGGAACAUUUUAUUAA